AUGACGUGCAUUCUGUGGCGGGGUUGCCUUACACAUGCCUUAGUCAUUCUCAGAAUUGAGGCUGUCGUCCUUCAAGGCGAGAAGAACCUCUCUCAAUGGAACAACUCCCUCCUUAGUGUUCUUGAAGUGCAAGGGCUCGAGCACUACAUUGAGGAAGAGGUCAAGGAACCAGUUGCCCCCGAGGGAGCUAACCAAACGGCUCUCGAUGCUUAUGAAGAAAAGAUCGACCAGUGGCGCACCGAGCGAGCUUUCGUCAAGGCAGUUAUUCUUCAGACCCUCACGGCGGCAGUUCAAGAGAAGCUCGAGGCACAGAACUGGAACCCUAGAGAGAAGAACCCGAAGGUCCUGUAUGACCUGAUUCGCCGUGUCAUACCCCGACUUACCCAGGAAGCGACAACCGACUUCGUGAUGGAAUAUAUGAAGAUCGAUCGGGCGUCGUUUACUUCUAUGCAGGCCUUCCUGACUAGACUUCGAUUUAUCUACAAGAAGCUCGCUGAGCUCAAUGCCCCUAUUAACGACAACUUCCACGUCAACGCCGUUAUUGGAAAGCUCAAGAAGACUUACCCCAAGCGAUACGUGUUUUGGCUCGCCGGCUUGAAGUUAGGAAGCAUGACUUGGACCAGCCUGAACUCAGAGCUGGAAGAGAUCUCCGCUAACGAGGAAGCUACUACAAAUUUCACCAAGCUUGCACUCUCCAGCAACAACAACGAUGACAACAAGAAAGGUGGAACCCAAAAGAGGAUUAUAUGCCCGAAGGAAGGUUACCCUGCGGGCAUCACGGCCCGAAGACUGCCGAGCACUGUUGGCACUGCGAACUUGAGAGAGCUCCAGAGAGCCCUACAUAACAACGGAGGACUUGCAAAUCCCUCAACUUCCUCGGACUCGCAUUUACUACUCUCCGGCAAUUUCUUCGCGCCUCAGAUCGACCUACCAAGCGAGGACCUGCUGGCUAGCCGCGCCCCCACGCAGACUUUCUACAUUCCGGAAUCCCCUCAUACCGGCAUGCCUAUGCCCGAGCCACGAGCGAACCCUGAGAGGGAGCGCGGUGGUCUGGAGCAAGUCUCGAACCCGGCUGACAACCCGGAUUUUCGCAUCAGCCCCCGGUACUGA